AUGGCGGCCGUCUUCACCCACGUACCGCGGGUGUCCUGGACGACGACGGACUUGUCGGAGCUGGACAUCGAGGACAUGCUGGAGACCUGGGACGAGACGGUGACGGAUUACAUCGCGUCUUACGCUGGCGAGGGCGUGUCGUCGCCAGUCUCGCCGACGUUCUCCUCAGCGACAUCGUCUCCACGACUGCCGCGGACGUCUUCCCUCCUUCAACUCCAGCCGACCACUCUCCCGCCCAUGCAACCCGCCAUAUCCUCUCACUGUCUCGGCAUUGACACAGAACGACGACCCAGCGACGCCUCCCUGCUCUCCCCGUCCUCCCUCGCCUUCGAUGCCUUCCGCUUCCCCUCCUCCUCCGACUCGCUCUCACCGCCGACUCCCUCGUCCCCCGCCGGCCUCUUCCCUUCGGACUCUCCGCCACUAGACCGCAAAACAGAAGACAUGCUCGACCUCGACGAGUUCUUCGGCACACCGCGCGCCUCUCCCUUUCCCACCUUCGGACCACGCACCAACGCACGUCCAGACACAAGCGGUGCGAUCCGAGCCUUCGCGAAGAGGCUCGAGGCGAACCUCCCGCCGCCGCCUGUACCGCCUAGUCGACGAGUGUCCGUCGCACCGAGUACGAGCACGGGAUCGUCUGUCUCGUCGGGGCGGACGGCGACGAGUAAAGCGACUGCUGUGUAUCCCAAGCCUGCGAAGAAGGAGAAGGACAAGGUGCAGACUAAGGCGUAUCCGAGACCUCGGCAGAAGAACGAGGCGGAGGACGAGAUUGUCAAGGCUUUGAGGGCGAAUUGGUUAAUGUUGCGUUGA